AUUGGAUGAAACCGAUCAUUUUGAAAUACGACGUUUAAGUUCUAGGCGGCGGUACCGGGAAGCUUGUUGAGUAAACAAGACCGUAGUUAAACGAGAAACAUGAUGAAGGGAAGAACCGCCCGCAGACCUCAGAAGAAGCAGAGCAGCAACGAGAGAGAUCCAGUGGGGGUGUACUGCCGAGUGCGACCUCUAGGUGCGGAUGAUAAGGAAUGCUGUGUUGAGGUGAUCUCGAGCUCCACCGUUCAGCUGCAUACGCCCGACGGGCUCAAGGUCAAUCGAAAUGGAGAGUUCAAAGAGACACAAUACUCUUUUAAGAAAGUGUAUGGCAUUCAAACAUCCCAGAUGGAACUGUUUGAAGACGUGGCGAAACCUCUUGUGGAUGACCUGGUCCGUGGCAAAAAUGGGCUGCUAUUUACAUACGGAGUUACAGGAAGUGGCAAAACCUUCACGAUGACUGGCUCCCCAGGCCAGGGGGGUCUUUUGCCCCGGUCCCUGGACAUGAUCUUCAACAGUAUCGGCCCCUACCAGGCAAAACGAUUUGUUUUUAAGACGGAUGAUAAGAAUGGCCUGGAUGUACAGAGUCAAAUCGAUGCAUUGUUGGAACGCCAAAGGCAGGACAACAUUCCCUCUGCUCCCAAAACACCCUCAUCCAGGCAGAAGUUGGACCCUGAGUUUCGGGACAUGAUGAACCCAGAGGAAGCCUGCAGGUCAGAGGGGGUGGACGAGGACAGCAGCUAUGGCGUAUUUGUCUCCUACAUCGAAAUCUACAACAACUACAUAUUCGAUCUGCUCGAGGAAACGCCCUACGACCCAAUCAGACCAAAGUGGAAUGGAGGUACCCCCAACACUGACUUCAUACCACCGCAGUCCAAAAUCCUCAGAGAGGACCAGAACCACAACAUGUAUGUUGCUGGAUGCACAGAAGUGGAGGUCAAAACUACCGAGGAGGCCUUUGAGGUGUUCUGGAGAGGUCAGAAGAAGAGGCGGAUCGCCAACACCCAGCUGAACAAAGAGUCCAGCCGCUCCCACAGUGUCUUCAUCAUCAAACUGGCCCAGGCGCCCCUGGACGCAGACGGGGACAACAUCCUUCAGGAUAAGAGCCAGGUGGCGGUGAGCCAGCUGUGCCUGGUGGACCUGGCGGGCAGCGAGCGCACUAGCAGGACCCGGGCCGAUGGCAACCGUCUCCGCGAAGCCGGUAACAUCAACCAGUCCUUGAUGACUCUGAGGACGUGUAUUGAAGUCUUGCGGGAGAACCAGAUGUGCGGCACAAACAAGAUGGUUCCCUAUAGGGACUCUAAAGUCACCCACCUCUUCAAAAACUACUUUGAUGGGGAAGGCAAAGUGAGAAUGAUCGUGUGCAUCAAUCCGAAGGCGGAAGACUUUGAGGAAACCAUGCUGGUGAUGCGCUUUGCGGAGAUGACCCAGGAAGUGGAAGUGGCGCGGCCGGCCGACAGGCCAGUGUGUGGCUUCGCUGCAGGCCGGCGACAGAGGAACCAGGCCUCUAAAGACGACCCCGCCCGCAGGGUCGAUGAGCGGGGCCCAGCAGACCGAGACUUCACCACCACCCAGGGCCAACUGCUGCACAGCAUACCCCCGCUGCCCUGCUGUGAGCUGACGGACCCCCACGACGACACCACCCUGCCCCGGGUCAUCGAGGCGCUGGAGAAGAGGCAGCGGAUCAGGCAGAUGAUCAUCGACCAGUACAAACAAGCAGCCAACGUGAUGAGGUCCUCGCUCAAGGAGCUGGACGGCAGCCUCUUCAACAAGGAGGACUUCAUCAACAAGCAGAAUGGCAAGCUGGCGGAGAAGGACCGGCAGAUUCAGAGCCAGAAAGCCGACAUGGAGCGCUUGGAAAAGAAGACCAAGAUGCAAGAAUACAAGAUCGAGGUGCUACAGAAGACCACCAACAUCUACGAGGUGGACAAGCGGUCCCUGCAGCAGGAGCUGGAGACGCGGGAGUCGCGGCUGAAGAGGGAGCACGUGGACAAGAAGCGGAUGGAGCAGCGGAUGCAGGGCAUGGUGUCGGACACGCAGCACAAGUGGGAGAAGGAAUGCGAGCGCCGCGUCAACGCCAAGCAGCUGGAGAUGCAGAACAAGCUGUGGGUGAAGAACGAGAAGCUGAAGCAGCUCAAGGCCAUCGUCACAGAGACCAAGGGGCCCCCGGCCCCGCCCCCCGACACCCCCCAGCGGCAGGCCCGUCCUCAGCGGCCCCACCGCGAGGAGCGCCUUCCCGCCAAGAGAUCUGCGUCGCCCUCGCCGAUGCCCACCACCACGCCUGUGCGUGCGCUUCAUCGGAGGUCGCGCUCCGCCGGCGGGGAGAAGUGGGUGGACCACAAGCCGGCCUCCAGCGUGGACCUGGGCACCAUGCUGCAGCCCAGCAUCCCCAACUCCAUCAAGGUGUCGGCCGCCAGCGAGAAGGUCCUGUCCAAGUGUGACCGCUACGUCCUGACCCACCAGGAGGUGGCCUCCGAUGGGGAGAUCCAGACCAAACUCAUCAAGGGCGAGGUUAUUAAGACCCGAGGGGGCGGUCAGUCGGUCCAGUUCACCGACAUCGAGACGCUGAGGCAGCAGCUCACCACGGCGCCCAGCCGCAAGAGGAGGUCCUCCGAGGGGAGCCCUCAGAGUUCAGACCAGGGCGGGCAGUGGACCGACGUAGAGACGAGGUGUGCUGUUGGCGUGGAGAUGAGGGCCGGCUCCAACAUGGGGCCCGGUUAUGAGCACCGAGGAUUUGUCAAACGGAGAAAGCCCUGAAGUGGAACUCCUCGACCUGCUGACCCUCUCCUGUCUCAGAAGUGCAAUAGUGGAACUCCUUACCUUUUUUAGCUCUUGUAUUCUUAUCUGUAUGAUUACUGUUUUUUAUUUGUAACUGUAUGUUGGUCUGUAUACCAAAGUGUGAAGAAAAAAUGUUAUUUAAAAUGUUACUCAAUCGAUGUGGCUAAAAUAUAAGUCAUGUUUUUUUUAUAUAUUUCACUUUUUCAACUCUUUCUUUCUUGCCACAUAGGAAUUAAGUAGAUUUUUAUCACUACAGACCUGGUAUUAAUGGUCUUUGUAUAUGUUUUUCUUUUCUACGACUUUUUUUAUAUCAGCUAUUUGUACAACCAGCAGGCUGACUUUGCAUUGCCAUGUUGCAGCGGAUAAAGGUGUUUUCAUCCUAGAAAAAAGAUAUAUAUUGCUGAUCUUGAGCUACAAGGCUAGUUCAAAAUAAAUUACCUCCUGUUUUGAUAUCACUAUUGCAAGCCUUUGAUUUUUAUCAUUGCAAAAUAUUUGUAUCUUGCUGUAGUUAAACUGCAUGAAACGUUCCACAUACAUGUUUUCAUAUUUUGCCUUUCAACAUGCAAAUUUACAGAAAAGGAUAGGUCCACAUGUGAUCUUCGUUUAAAGUCAGAAUUCUGAGUUUAAUCUCAGAACUCACAAAAAAAAGACACGUGGCCCUCAGCCUCAUCCGUCUACGGAACCCCUUCGAACCAUGGCUUCGAACAUGUAAAAACGUGCUAACAUCCGACUUCCUCUGUCAGUGCCUGCCUAAUAUCCGUUGUGUCAUAAAGUCAAUAUCGCUGAACUUGGUUCCUUACAGUAGGGGUUCCCAACCUUUAUUGUUCCAAGGACUGUCAUAUUCAUAUAACACAUUGGAGGGACGGUGAUCAAUUUGAAUGCUUUAAUUUUAAGAUUUAAACAAAGGAUAUAUGUUCAAAUUAAGGAACUUUCCUUCUUCUGCCUGUGA